AUGUCCGACUAUAACCAAUACAACAACAACCAGCAGUACGGUCACCAAGGUGGUAACUACUACAACGACCAGCAACAAGGCGGCUACCCAUCCCAGCACGGCGGGKACGGCGGCCAAGAGCAGUACGGUCAACAACAACCUCAAUAUGGCCAGCAGCCCCAGUACGGCCAAGAAGGUCAACAGUACAAUCACCAGCAACAGGGAUACGGUCAGCAGGACUACAACCAGUCUGGAUAUGGUGGUCAGCAGCCCACCUACGGUGAGCAGGGUCACCAGCAACAGGGUUACGGCCAGCAAGACCACACCCAAUCUGGAUAUGGUCAGGGUCAACAGCACCAGUAUGGCCAGGAGGGACAGCAGUAUGGUGACCGUCAGGGAUAUGACCAAUCUGCUCCCGGAGGUGCUCAGGACGGCGAGCGUGGUCUAGGCGGUGCCCUUGCCGGUGGUCUCGCCGGUGGUUUCGCCGGUCACCAGGCAAACCACGGUAUCCUGGGAACGAUCGGUGGUGCCAUCAUGGGCAGUAUCGCUGAAGACUUCAUCAAGGACAAGAAACACAAGAACGACAACAACCCAUACCAGGGUGGUCAGGGUGGUUCCGGAAGCUCCUUUGGCGGUUUCUUCAACAAAUAG